AUGAAAUCUGUAUUUGUUGCUCUUGCCUUCUUGGCCGUUGCCGUUGCUGUUGAAGAUGUUGUCCAAAUCCUCAGGCAGGAAGCUGAUGUUGGUUUCGAUGGAACUUACAAACAUGCUUUCGAAACCUCUAACGGAAUUGUUGUCGAGGAACACGGAGUCUUGAAGAACGCUGGAUCCGAAAACGCUGCUGUAGAUGCUGCUGGUUCUUACGAAUUCACUGCUCCAGAUGGAAUUAAAUACGCUCUUCAUUACGUUGCCGAUGAGAACGGUUUCCAACCACAAGCCGACUUCUUGCCAACUCCACCACCAAUCCCAGCUGCCAUCCAAAGGGCUCUUGACUACAUCGCAGCUCACCCACAACAACUUCCACAUGGAAAAGUAUUCGUUGCUCUUGCCUUCUUGGCCGUUGCCGCCGCUGUUGAGGAUGUUGUCCAAAUCCUCAGGCAGAAAGCUGAU